AUGGCUAGUUUGAUUCCUAUUUCCACUUAUAACUUGGCUCUUAAGCCAUUCAACCCAAUCCCAGCUAUUGAGGAUGACUAUCCUGUUACUAUUAGAAUCACUUUAGCUGCUGUUGAUCCUGAAGCUGUUGAUGAUAAAGCUGAACCAUCAACUUUAAGAUUAUUAAAGAAAACCAAUCCUUUCAUUGAUGAUGAUGAAGAUGACUUUGAUGAUGAAGACGAUGAAGAUGAAGAUGAUGAAGAUGAUUUAGAUGAAUUAGAUGAUGAAGAACUUGCCAAGAAAGUUGAAGAACUUAAAGAUGAGGAAGCUGAAGAAGCUGAGGAAGACGAAGAAGAAGAAGAAGAAGAUGAUGAAGAUGAAGAAGAUGAUGAAGAGGAAGAUGGUGUUUCUGAAUUCAUUGUUUGUACUUUAUCUCCAAAAGUUCAAUUCCAACAAACCAUUGAUAUCACCAUUAACCCAGAUGAAGAAGUUUACUUUGUCGUUACUGGUUCAUACCCAAUUCAUUUAAGUGGUAAUUACGUCGAACAUCCAGCUGAUGAAGAUGAUGAAGAUGAAGAUGAUUAUUAUGAAGAUGACGAUGAAGAUGAUGAAUAUAACUUAACUCCAGAUGAAGAUGAAUUAAUCGAUGGGGAAGAAUAUGAUUUAGAAGAUUUAGAAAAUGAAGAAGAUGUCGUGGCUAAGAUUGAAGAAUUAAUUGGUAAAGAUCUUAAGAAUGGUAAAAAGAGAUCCAUUGAAGAAGUUGAAGAAGAUGAAGAAGAAGAAGAUGAUGAUGAAGAAGAAUCAGAACCAAAGAAAUCUAAAAAGGAAAAAUCCGUUCAAUUCACUAAAGAAUUAGAACAAGGUCCAACUGGUUCAUCAUUAACUGAAAAGAAAGAAACCAAAAAGGAAAGAAAACAAAGACAAAAGGCUGAAAAGGCUGCUGCUGCCGCUGCUGAAAAGAAAGAAUCAGCUGCACCAGUUGAAGCUGAAUCUAAGAAAGCUGAAUCCAAAAAAGAUGAAUCUAAGAAAUAUCCAACCAAAACUCUUUUAGGUGGUGUUGUUACUGAAGAUAGAAAAGUCGGUAAAGGUACUACUGCCAAAGGUGGUAAUAAAGUUGGGAUUAGAUAUAUUGGUAAAUUAAAGAAUGGUAAAGUCUUUGAUAAAAACACCAAUGGUAAACCAUUUUCAUUCAAUUUAGGUAAAGGUGAAUGUAUUAAAGGUUUUGAUUUAGGUGUUGCUGGUAUGGCCAUUGGAGGAGAAAGAAGAGUUGUUAUCCCAGCCAAGAUGGGUUAUGGAUCUCAAGCUCUUCCAGGUAUUCCAGCCAACUCUGAAUUAACCUUUGAUAUUAAAUUAGUUUCUUUAAAAUAA